AUAUGAUGCGAGUGAAGUCACGUGACAUCGAGUGUGUUCGGCCGACGACAUCUGAAACUCGCGAAAACGACUUUUAUUUGUAAUAUUUCAACUCGCUUCGACACUUCUUUCUUUUUCCGAUAUUGGUUAUUUAUUUGUUGAAUAUAUUACUCGUCAAAUGUUUUAUUUUUUUCUCAAAUGAAAAUAUUAUUAAUUUUGUCGCAAUAUAAAAGUAAUCCGAAUUUGUUUUCAUUAGUCGAAUUUAUCUGAAUAUUAUAUGAGAAAUAUUAAUUGAAAGAUAAUAGUGUGAUAACGUGUUAAUGAGAGAGGAAGAAGAGAGAGAGGAGGAUGAUAGAGGAAUUGAUAGAAAAAUGGCGCGUAGAACGGAAAGGAAAAUAAGGAUCGUACGAUAUAGAAUAAGGUUUUAGACGAGAAGCGCAUGAACCGAACGGUUUGAGGAAUAGGAUCGAGCAGGCAGUCAUAUUGUACUGGUAGUCAGUCCACUGGUAGUCGUUCUCCGUCGAGCUUGAAGAAAGCACGUGUUUACUUACUUACGUCAACGAAUCCACCAUCGGCACUACUACCAACAAAAGCAGCAUUGGGGUACCAGUAACAACACAUCAGUUGCGACAUCAUCUCUAGUCACCACUAUUAACCUGAAGUAAAGGAUCCUAGGCACCAUUGGGUGUUCUCUCUUCGUCUUUCAACCCUUUAUCCCCUCCAAUCAUCGAGACUCUAGUAUACACAUAUUUCGUGAUUCGAGAUAGAAGAGCAUUCGAAUUGCUAGUAUUACUAUCUUCCAGUAUUUCGAGUAAAGCGGUUCGCGACUUUAAAAUAGAGAGAGAGAGAGAGGCACGACGGCGAAGUUGUCGUCGUUAUUAUCAUUUUACUAUCACGAUGUUUCUCGCGUUUAUUCCUUUUCUUUGCACUAUCGUUGCUACCCAAGCCGAAAUUUUCACCAAUAGUUUCCUCGUUAAAAUGAGACAACCGGCUGAGCGAUAUUUGGCUGAUCAAGUUGCUGUUAGAAACGGAUUCGUCAAUCUUGGACCGAUCCUAGGAAGUCAAACGGAAUAUCAUUUCGUUCACAAAGCUCUUCCACAUGCGCGAAGUAAAAGAUCUGUACCACAUAUGCGACGUUUGAAGGUAGAUCCAUUGGUGCAUACGGCCGUGCAGCAACCUGGGUUUAAAAGAGUGAAACGAGGUUACAACACACUCACCGUGGAUAAUCUCGCAUCUUUGUACGAAAUUAAAAAUUCAGCGGAUUUAGCACGUAGAAAUCCUACCGAUCCUUACUUUCAAUAUCAAUGGUAUUUAAAAAAUACUGGGCAAAAUGGCGGUAAACCUAAAUUGGAUCUCAACGUUGAAGCUGCUUGGGCUCAAGGGGUUACUGGAAAAAAUGUCACUACUGCAAUUAUGGAUGAUGGCGUUGACUAUAUGCAUCCAGAUCUGAAGUAUAAUUAUAACGCUAAAGCUUCUUACGACUUUAGCAGUAAUGAUCCAUAUCCGUAUCCGAGAUAUACGGACGAUUGGUUUAACAGCCAUGGUACCAGAUGUGCUGGCGAAGUUGCAGCAGCUAGAGAUAACGGAGUUUGCGGUGUUGGUGUGGCAUACGAUUCGAAGAUCGCCGGAAUACGGAUGCUGGAUCAGCCUUAUAUGACUGAUUUAAUCGAAGCAAAUAGUAUGGGCCACGAACCUGACUUGAUCGACAUUUAUAGUGCCUCUUGGGGACCAACGGAUGAUGGGAAGACCGUUGAUGGACCGCGAAAUGCGACCAUGAGGGCCAUCGUACGUGGGGUUAACGAGGGUAGACAAGGUUUAGGGAAUAUUUAUGUCUGGGCUUCUGGCGAUGGAGGCGAACAGGACGACUGUAAUUGCGAUGGAUACGCAGCGAGUAUGUGGACUGUGAGCAUAAACAGUGCUAUUAACGAUGGUCAAAACGCUCAUUAUGACGAAAGUUGUUCCAGUACGUUAGCUUCCACCUUUAGUAAUGGCGCCAAAGAUCCAAACACGGGUGUGGCUACAACUGAUCUUUAUGGGAAAUGUACGACGACUCAUAGUGGAACAUCAGCUGCGGCGCCGGAAGCUGCUGGGGUAUUUGCUCUCGCCCUCGAAGCCAAUUCACAGUUGACUUGGAGGGACAUUCAACACUUAACGGUAUUGACUUCAAAAAGGAAUUCAUUGUUCGAUGCUAAAGGACGAUUUCAUUGGACUAUGAACGGUGUUGGACUAGAAUUUAAUCAUCUUUUUGGUUAUGGUGUUCUUGAUGCAGGCGCUAUGGUGGCUUUGGCUAAAAAGUGGAAAACUGUACCACCUAGGUAUCACUGUGAAGCCGGUUCCGUCAUCGAACCACAGAAAGUUACCAAUGAACGUUCCGUACUGUUGAAAAUCAAGACCGACGCUUGUGCUGGUACGGAAUAUGCUGUUAACUACUUAGAGCAUGUUCAAGCCGUUAUUUCCGUAAAUGCGACCCGUCGAGGAGACCUCGAGUUGUUUCUAACUUCACCGAUGGGAACUAGGUCAAUGAUAUUAAGUCGCAGAAUUAACGACGACGAUCGCAGAGAUGGAUUUACGAAAUGGCCGUUUAUGACAACUCAUACUUGGGGCGAAUAUCCUCAAGGAACUUGGUUAUUAGAGGUUAGUUUAAAUUCGCAAGUACCGCAGCAUGGUUGGAUUAGAGAAUGGACAUUGAUGUUACACGGUACCAGAGAACCACCAUACACUGGGUUACCAGCUGCAGAUCCGUAUUCGAAAUUGGCAAUCGUGAAAAAGGCUCACGAGGAACGUUCAAACGCGAUGUAACGAUAAACGACCGACAUUCAUAAUGGCCGCUCAAUCUUGAAAAUGUUUACGCGAAAUAAAUUUCCACAAUUUGAUUUAUUAUUCUUUUAUUUUUGCGUUCGUGUGUUCGCGUAUGUACGCGCGUGCUAUUAAGCAUCAAUUAUUCCUUUAUCUCAUUUCACAUAUAUACUUUUUCAUUUAUUUCAAGCUUGCAAAACGAAACAAUGAAACAGCUUUUUUUUAUUUUUAUUUCAAUCGCACGAACAUUUUCUGGAGCUAAAUUUAAAAGAGAAUUUUCAACAUUAAAAACCCGAUGAAAUUCGACAAACGAGGAAUAAUAAAUUAAACGAAAGAAAAAAUAAAAAAGAAAGAACAAAAUUUACUUAUCCAAUGUACACACAAAAUAUGGAAUAGAUUUAUGAAACGUUAAAAGUAACAAUAACAAAAGCAGCAACAAUAAUAAUAAUUAUAAUGCUAUUACUAGUAUUACUAAAAAGAAAAUAAUGCAAAAGAAUAUACACAUACAUAUGUCACAAACGCGCGUUUUUGGCUCUUACGAAACAAAUAAAAUAUAUAUUAAGAAUGAUUGGGAAUUAUAUAUAAAUGGGGAAAGAAAUUGAAAUUUCACGAAAAUCAAUAAUAUGUAUGUAAUAAAAUACAAUGAAAUUUGAUUUAUUCUAUUCCAAUGUCGAGCGAAUUUGAGCCUGACGCGCGUAGUAGUCUUUUUGGGAACAAUAAUAAUUUAUUGUAUAAAAGAAAGUCGUGCUCGUGUUAAAUCAACGAGCCCGUCCAACAAUUUUAACAGAGAUAUUACAUUAAAUUUGUUCCUUAUCAGGGUCUCCUGGCGUCUUUAGAGUCGACUGUAAUGAUUACCAGUGCGAGAUGUUACUGUGAGAGGAAGAUUGUAUGAUACAAUGAAAAAUAAAGAUAGAAAAUCUUUGUUGGUCCAUGUGUGCCAAUGUUCGAGUUAUAAACUAAAUCUAAUUUUAAACAUUUUAACGAAGAAUAGUUUAGUUGUUCUUAUUCAAAUGAUCGCUGGCGAUCCAUUUAUCGAUAAGUUCAUUUGUUCAUACAUUUAUUUUCACGAUUUUAAGACUAUCUUUUAUUCGAUACAUGAAAAAUGCUUUCUUGUAUUAUUUUGUUUCUUAUUAUAAUUGUUCGUAUACUUAUAUAAGAUUAAAUAUAAAUGUAUCGUUGACAAAGGUUUUAGUAUCUUGCAUGUUAAAUGCACAGAAUGAACCGUAUAUUGAACCCUUUGCGGACUACGUAUGUAUAUGUUUUUUCUAAACCAUCAAUUUGGCCGACGAACAACAGUGAAAACAUAUCGCUGUGGUUGAGAUUGGCACAUAUAUAUUUAACAAUUAAAAUGAAAUAAAAAUUCUGAUCUGGCAAUUUGCGACGUCUGCAAAGGGUUACAAAAAUUCUUAAUUAAAAAGAUUAUCUAUGGAAUACGCAUUUUACAUGCAUAAACAUCUUUUUAAAUUAUGCAAGAUUAAGAUAGAAUCUUUAGAAACCAUUACUAUAGAAAAAAUUCUUAAAAUUAAUAUAACGUAUAGUAUGAUUCAACCUGUAUAAAAAACAUAAUUGUGUAUUUAAUUAAUCACAUAUAAAAUAUCGCUUAUAUUCUUCUUUACCGAUCAAUACUUCUUGUCCUUUUUCGAUCAUAUUAUUCAAAUAAUAAGUACAAAAAAAAAGAUAGUAAAAAUAAAAUUAAUUCAACUAUAAUAAUCAUGGUAUAAUAAUUAAUUAAAUCAAAAUAAUACAAAAUAAUUCAUUAAGAAAUCCUAUUAAAACGCACGAAUUUUUCCAAAUAACGUGUAUGCAUAUCUACUAUAUUGUUUGUAUUUGUUGAAAAUUACCGAAAAAAAGGACCAGCAUACAUAUCGACGAUGAUCCAUAAAUCUAUCUUACUAUUUUGCACAAACUAUUAUAAUAGUAACAAGUUUACGAUUUUACCGAAUUUUAGAUUAAGGGGUUUCGCCAUUUUUUAAAAUGAUAUAAGCAAUUCGUAAUUAUUUCUUUCUAGUUUGUUUUUCGUGUAUUUUCAUAUCCUGAAACAUUGAAAUAUUUCAUUAUCAUUACAUUAAUUUAUAAUUAUACAAUUGUUAAUUCUAAUAAAUUCGAUCGUAGAUUAUCUUACAUUAGAAACGAAAUUGUUAGAUUUCGGUAAUGGCAAAAUCUCUUAAUUAACAUUCGAUUUUAUUAUAUAAAAACAGAAACGUAACGAAUCGAAAACUCAAAAAAGCGCCGAUGUUUGUACGCAUGGACCAAUUAGAUGAAAGAAUGUUAUUUAUUUAUAGCAUAUUUUAAAACAUAAAUUUUCGCUUUUGCUUGAGUAACUCAACGAUUUAUUAAAAAGGUUAAAGAGAAAACAAUAUAUAGAUUGUAAAAAGAUGCAGUAUAUAUAUUAUAUCAUAUAAGUGUUGUACGCGCGUUUAUCAAAGUUUAUACUUUAUGAAUCUGACAUGAGUGUUUCGCAACACUAUUCGCUAGGAUUCAUGGCCAAAGAUCAUUUUACUGUGUUUACAUUGUUCUAACGCUUUAUCAAGUUAAGCUAUACAGUUGUUGGGUGCUGAUGAAAGGUUUCCUACGAAACGUUGGACUUCUUUUAAGCUAACUUAAAUUGCAUCAAUGAAAUACAUAUGUAUUUACACAGUAGAACCAUUAAUAUCUCACUUUAGUUUUGAAAAUAAUUAUUUUGCAAUUUAUUUUUCAUUAUUAUGAAGAAAAUAACAAAUUCUAUGUAGAAUAUAUUUGUUAUGUCAACAAAUAUUUAAUAGCAAUAUUUGGAUUGUUAUAACAAAAAUAAAGAUCUAUAAAAUAUCUGCUACAAUUACGAAUUAUUUGAAAAUUUGAUUUUUAUCAUUUUAUAAAUUACUCUGAAACUUUUUCCGAUUAAUUAUCUAGAAAAAAUAAAACAUUAUAUUUAACACAUUCGAUUCAAAAAUAAUAUACAAUGUUGAACGUUUAGAUAAAGAAGGUUCUACUGUAUUGUGCAUAACGUUGAUUGUUUAAUCAAUAAAACAAAGAAAAAUGUCUAUUAUUAUCUGUAAGACAAUACCGUUUUCAUAAUUAUUUGUUAUUCCGUUCGACAUACUUCUGAACCAGAUCUUUCUUCGUUAAAAAAUCAAUAAAAUUUAUAAAUUGUUACAAAAUAAGAUAAUCUAAACAAUAUUUUAAGUUACGUAUUGUAAUUAUGCAAAUGUUUGUUAAUGCUCGUUGAUCGGAUUAAAUUGGAAAAAAAAAAAAGAAAGAAAGGGUGGAUUAAUGUAUGUGUAUGUACUUGUAAUACGUAUGAAUAUAUGCAUGUAUGAGAGAGAUAGAAGGAAGAAAGAGAAUUUAGAAAUAUAUAUCUAUUUUCAUUCUCGCGUUUUAAGAUAAUUCACCAUGAAACGUAAAAGAAUUAACAAAAAAAGUUUACAAGAUAAAUUUUAUGUAGGUAUAUUAGAGAGAUGUAGAGAUCAAAGUUUUAUGAGAGAUAUACAUAUAUAUACAUAUACAUAAACAUAAAAAUAAUACAUACUAUAUAUUUAAAGUUAAAUUGAAAGUUUAAUCGAAAACCUUAUUCUAUAGAUAAUGUACGUGACAACAAAAACAACAGUAACAACAACGACAACACAAAUAAACUGUUUAUUUUUUGGGG